AUGCCCAGAGAAGAUAUCUCAUUCCAGACCAGCGACAAUGUCACUUUACGUGGGUGGUUCUAUUCCCCUGAAACAACAAUCUCCACGCCACUCCCGUGCCUCGUAAUGUCCCACGGCUUCACCGCAACCAAGGAAAUCCACCUCGACAGCUUCGCCGCACACAUCACCUCCUCGCUACCAAUUUCCUGCCUCAUAUACGAUAACCGUGGCUUCGGAGCUUCGGACAAUCACCCUUCUGCGCCCCGGCAAGAAAUAAUUCCUUCUCUGCAAUGCAGCGAUAUUUCUGACGCAAUCACCUAUGCCCAAAGUAGGGACGAUGUGAAUAAAGACAAGAUUGGAAUCUGGGGAAGUAGUUAUAGUGGCGGACAUGUGCUUUGGGUCGGGGCUGUUGAUAAGAGGGUCAAGGUUGUGUUGAGCCAGAUGCCUAUGGUGAAUGGGUGGGAAAACUUCCAUCGGUUGAUACGUUCGGAUUUUGUUGGUGGGUUGAAUCAAAUGUUCCAAGAAGAUCGACUGGCAAGAGCUUCGGGAAAAGCUGCUGGAACGAUUCCGGUCGUCGACCCCAAUCCAAUGGCGACAUCUGCGCUGCCUACACCUGAUUCAUACACAUUCUUUUCUAAUUGGGAAAAGAAGGGUGAUUUCUGGAAGAAUGAAGUGACUGUCAAAAGCAUGGAGGAGCUUAGAGCUUACAAUCCCUCUUCUCACAUCCAUCAUAUAUCACCUGCCCCAUUGCUGAUGACGGUGGCUUCGAGUGACAUUCUUACUCCGGCAGACCUGGCUUUGACAGCGUACUCUAAGGCUCUAGAGCCUAAGGAGCUGCACUUGAUUCCAGGUGGUCAUUUCGAUGGAUACGCUGGUCCAAUUUUUGAGACGAAUGUCAAACGACAAGUCGAGUUCUUGAAAAAGACCCUCUGUGCAUGA